CCGCCAAAAUCCCGCCAUCCCCGAGAUACAAAGAUACUGAAAAGCAUCUGCAGACGCGCGAUAUUUUGAAGUUGUGUCUGGGCAGGACUGUGUGAACUUGUGUGUGUUGAUGGCAUGCCAGAAGCGGAAUAUAUUGUAUAAUUUAUGCGAACCGAUUUGGUUCCAGUGUGUGAGUGCUCUUGACUUUGUUUGGAGCACUGGAAGCGAGCUGCAACUGCAGCUAGAUGCACCACUCGGCACUCCAAUCGGCUGCUGUCUCUGACAUUUGAUCUUUGCAAAGAUCACAUAGUUUCGUACCUCGCACCGCCUCGAAUCUCGCAUUGCAUUGCAUCGGAUGUGUGACCAUAUGGAAUAUACUUUAGCCACCUACCACCACCUACAGCGGCAAUUAGUUUGUUCAGUUUAAGACUGCAACGGCGACACGGGCGAAGUUGUAAGCCCUCCUCAAGCAUAUCACCCAACCGGAGCUCCGGAGAGAACGAUCAUCGAAAUGUUCACGCAAGCGAUCCCAAAGUAUUCGCGGCUCUUGGCCCUGGCUUUGUUCUGCGCGACGCUAUUUUUGGGCAGUGAGGCCCAAAAUGCCUUUCAGGCAACAAGUCCUGCCUCGCAUCUCAUGGAGAAGACUUCGUUUUCGUGCACAGGACGACCAGCUGGCUACUACGCGGACGUGGAGACGGGCUGUCAAGUGUACCAUAUGUGCGAUGGCCUGGGCCGUCAGUUCAGCUACACGUGCCCCAACACGACGCUCUUCCAGCAGCGCAUGCUCAUCUGCGAUCACUGGUACAUGGUCAACUGCUCCAAGGCGGAGAGCAACUAUGCCGCCAAUCUGCUAAUUGGUCAGCGCGACAAGCCCUUUGUGAACGAUGAGGAAAAUAGUCUGAGAACCCCAAGACCCGACCUCCUGGAUCGUCCCUAUGCUCCUGACUAUUCGGGCGAGUCCUUUAGAAGUCAAUACAAGCAACUAACUCCCAACCAGAAUCAAAUACGUGACGAGUCCUUCAAGGGUGCCAAUGUCGGAUCUGCAAAAUAUGAUCCACAAAUUUCGACGCAGACCCGUUGGCGCAUCCCUCCGCCCAGUCGUACCAUCCAGCCACCGGCCUACGAGCCACAGAUCGAGCUGCCAAGCAGCACAGCGAGACCAAGGAUCACCACGACCACCAGUCGAGCGACCACCAGUCGAGCCACCACCAGUCGAGCUACCACUAGGACGACAACAACGACUACAACUCGGAGACCUAUCACUGUGAGCGUGUCCACCAAACGAACAGAGGCACUGCACACCCGCAGGCCGACAGCCCUGGCAGUGGAUCAUGACAUGGACGAUCUGGGAACCAGUCACAGCACGCGGUACAAUACCUCGGCGGACUUUAAUUCGGUGGAGGGACCGCUACGGGCCACAAAGAACACCAGCACGAAGCUGGUCAAGUUCGUAAAGCCGCCAUCGAAGAUCUACGAGCCGCCGUUCCUGUAUCCCAUUUACAACCAGGAUGAAGAGACAAGACAACCAGCUCCAGCUGCCAUUGGACCGGUGACCCUUCGCACCUCCACAGCAGCCCCAUUCAGUCCGAGUGUCAGCCGGAUACACAUCAGCGAGACCAGCACCACUGCGCGUCCUCAAAACCGGCCCACAACCUUGGCGGGCUUGCCCUUCUCCUUUGCCUCGCCACCCACGACGACGAGCACGGCAGCAGUUCCUCCACGGAACGAGAACCGAACUCCGGCCCCGGCACAGAGUUUCCGCCUGGUCACAACCACAUCCGUGCCCAACAUUGCACCGCCAGCACAGCAGAAGCUGCAGCUACCGUUCAAUGAUCUGUUACCACCAUUUGUGGACUUUGUUCCCCAUGACAUAGCCACCACUCAGGGACCGCCCAUCUAUUACGAGUGGAAAGUGCCCUCCAAUGGCUUGGAACCCCCCAAGCUUGAUCCUCCAAUCGGCGUAGAUGGACGUGAGUACCCCGAGACCACUGGCGACUAUGGGGUUGUCCAGGGUAGGGGUAACGCGGACAUAUUUAAUACCAGGCUGAACGACAUAGCCAGCCAUCAGCAGAAACCAGCAGAUCGUGUUCAGGUCCAGGUGCCGGUACAGCAAUCGAGCACCAGCAGACGCUUACCCACCUCCAGGUCCAUCAAAACCACGGAGAAGUAUGAUCAGGCACAGCGUCGCUCGGAUGUGGUGGGAAGUUCCACGGAUAUAACAACGCUACGAAAGCAGCUGCUCAUUCCGGAGUACGCCUUUCCCCUGGAAGCGAUCGGGCGGACGGGCUAUGGUCCUGGGGCCGGUAUCGGGGCCAGUUCCAGCUCCAGUACCGGAGAUGUGUACAAUUCCUUUCAGUUAAAGAUACCCGAGCAUCGUAGCGGAUUGGGCAGCAGUUCCAGCAAAUGGUUCGGCGAAAAUCCCAAGUGUCCGGAGUGCCAUCCAUCGUUCGUCCUGCCGGGCACCUGCGAGCCAUGUCUGAGGAGAUAGUCCAGCUCUACAUAGGUUCCAAUUUAUCUAUAAACUGCAUUCCAUUAUCCGCAUCUGCAUCUGCCCCUAGGUCCUAGUAUUAGCCCUUGCUGCCCCAGAGCCAGAGAGAAGCAUCUUUCACGCAUUUAAAUGUUAAAGUUAUUGUAUAUCAGCAAUAAAGACAAUGAUUAUUGUUCGAUUAUUAAAGUUAA